AUGCACUUGCAGCCACUAUGUAACCUGUCUACAGACCUGACCAUCCAUGGAUCAGCAGGUGACUGGUGGCAGAGACAAAGAUGGCAUUUAAGUGGUGAACGCUACAUGAAAAAACAAAAAAAAGUACCACAGAAUUAUCAGGGGUUGGUCUUCAACAAAUUGAGCGAAAUCCGGAAUUCACCAAAACUAUUUUGCAUCCUCAAAUCGCUUUUUUCGACCUCUCAUCAUCUCUGCAGUGCGCCUAUUGCUGUGACCCAAUGCGGCACCUCAAACGCAGCAAACCGGCAGCUGCAGCCUAAAGACGGGAACCCGAACUGGCAAUCGGAAAUAGAUGUACGCGAGAAAUGUUUUUCGAAAAAAAAAAGUACAAACUAUUGCGAAAUUUGCAGCUAUUCAAUUUUUCCAACUUUCCGAAUUAUUCCACCUCUUUUCCCUUCAUUUCUGGCCCCAUCUCUCUCAUAG